AUGCAGGAACAAUUCGAGGCAUUUUCAUUAAAGCCCCAAACCGAGAACAUCCGGUCGCUGGAGGAGAUUGCUGCUGAAUACCGCCAUGUGCGAUCUCAGUGGGAGAAGGAGGCGGCUUGCAGGGAACUGAAGCGACACGUAACCAAUAUUGAUGUUUUCCCCGUGUCUCGCGCAGUGUGUCUCGGCAUCGGCACAUUCGACCCUCCAGAUGGAGGAUGGGAAACGAAGAGGCGGACCUUUGUUCAGUUGAUGGCUUUUUUGACUAUGGUCGAGUGCCUGGAGAAGAAGAAUGGAUCGAAGAUUGAAUGUACAUUCCAAGAGCCCAUAUUUACGGCAUCCGACAAGAAGUUUAUUGAAUCGCUUGGUCACAAGGUCGUCGAAACGCCGGGUGGAUUUGAACAUAUCAAUACCUGCACGGCUCUCUUUGGCGUACAUCUCUACCGGCCCAUCUACGCAAAAGCCUUGGAGGGUGACCUUCCAGCAAUAUUCGUUGGGACCGACCUGGAUGUGUGGGACUGGGUGACCUUUGGCAAAACAGAAAACGACAUUGUCUGCACUAGCAAUGUCAAGAUAAUGGAAAAUACUUAUAGUAAGCGAAAGUUUCCCCAAGACGCUUCAACAACGGCUUUCACAAGCACGUCCUUCUACUGGCGUUCAUCAAAGGAAGUGAUGCCACAAGGCCAGAAAUCGAAAGGGGAGCCAUCGUUAGACUGGGAAAAGGACUCAACCCCUGUGGAAACACUCAAAGAUCGGCCAGACGAUGACAAGCAACAACUGUCCAAGCCCAAGCAGUACCUGAGCGAAUCGCAUAAGUCAGUGGAAACCACGAGUUUCCCAGAAACUCCAUCUUCGAAGGUCCAAUAA